UUAGUUUAAUUGUGGCCCUGCAAAGACAACGCCAUCACACUCAUCAGCUACAGCGAGGGAGUGGGGCAGCACGAAGAUAGCUCUGGAUUUCUGCAAGCUAUUUGGCCAUUAUUUUCACAAAAACUAUAAGCGUCUGUCUCAUCUACAACUGCAAUGGAAUACAUUCGUCCGGUUAAUUAAACGCCUUCGAAUCGGGCCUGUUUUUUGUUGUUGUUGCGCUGCACAAAGCAAUGUGGAGUAAAUAAAUAUCCUGAUACGCUGAAACCAGAGAAUAUAGAUGAUGGGCUGUGUGCAAUGCAAGGAUAAAGAAGCAACGAAACUCACGGACGACCGAGACACCAGCAUCUCCCAGAGUGCCGCGGGCUACCGCUAUGGCGCCGACCCCACGCCACAGCACCAGCACUACCCCAGCUUCGGGGUCACCGCCAUCCCAAACUUCAACAACUUCCAGGCACCCGUUGGCCAGGGGAUAACUGUUUUCGGGGGGGUCCACACCUCCUCCCACACAGGGACCCUCCGCACCCGUGGCGGAACAGGAGUCACCCUCUUCGUGGCACUUUACGACUACGAGGCCCGAACAGAGGACGACCUCAGCUUCAGGAAAGGGGAGAAGUUUCAGAUCAUCAACAGCACUAAUUACGUGGCUCCAGUGGACUCCAUCCAGGCUGAGGACUGGUACUUUGGGAAACUGGGCCGGAAGGAUGCAGAGAGGCAACUUCUGUUCACUGGCAAUCCCCGCGGCACCUAUCUCAUCAGGGAGAGUGAAACCACUAAAGGGGCCUUCUCCCUGUCCAUACGAGACUGGGAUGACGUGAAGGGGGACCACGUGAAGCAUUAUAAGAUCCGUAAACUGGACAGUGGCGGUUACUACAUCACCACCAGGGCUCAGUUUGAGACCCUGCAGCAGCUGGUACAGCACUACUCAGAGCGGGCCGCGGGGCUGUGCUGUCGCUUGGUGGUGCCCUGCCACAAAGGGAUGCCCCGCCUCACCGACCUGUCCGUCAAAACCAAAGACGUGUGGGAGAUCCCCCGGGAGUCACUGCAGCUCAUCAAGCGUCUGGGGAAUGGGCAGUUUGGGGAGGUCUGGAUGGAGAGUGCGGAUGGUUUGUGCUUUAAUUUAACGGGUGUGUGUGUGAACUGCACCCCUGAUACUAUGGGCCUGACUCACGAUUCCUGGGAAAUCGCCAGAGACUCACUUGAGUUCGAAGUAAAGCUGGGGGCGGGAUGUUUUGCUGAGGUGUGGUGUGGAACGUGGAACGGCACCACUAAGGUGGCGGUGAAGACGCUGAAGCCGGGCACCAUGUCUCCUGAGUCCUUCCUGGAAGAAGCCCAGAUCAUGAAGAAGCUCCGGCAUGACAAGCUGGUGCAGCUCUACGCUGUGGUGUCUGAGGAACCCAUCUACAUCGUCACUGAGUACAUGGGCAAAGGAAGCCUUCUGGAUUUCCUGAAGGACGGGGAGGGACGAGGACUGAAACUACCCAAUCUGGUUGACAUGGCAGCCCAGGUGGCAGCAGGCAUGGCGUACAUCGAGAGGAUGAACUACAUCCACAGAGACCUGCGCUCGGCUAACAUCCUGGUCGGGGACAACCUGGUAUGUAAGAUCGCCGACUUCGGACUGGCCAGGCUGAUUGAGGACAACGAGUACACAGCACGGCAAGGUGCUAAGUUCCCGAUUAAGUGGACGGCCCCGGAGGCUGCGCUGUACGGAAAGUUCACCAUCAAGUCCGACGUGUGGUCGUUUGGCAUCCUGCUCACAGAGCUGGUCACCAAGGGACGUGUACCCUACCCAGGGAUGAACAACCGGGAGGUGCUGGAGCAAGUGGAGCGAGGCUACAGGAUGCCCUGUCCACAGGACUGCCCCAUCUCCCUCCACGAGCUCAUGGUGCAGUGCUGGAAGAAGGACGCCGAGGAGAGGCCCACCUUCGAGUACCUGCAGGCCUUCCUGGAGGACUACUUCACAGCCACGGAGCCGCAGUACCAGCCAGGGGACAACCUCUAAACACAGAGCUCUGGGCUGGGACUGGACUGAACCGUAGUUCUCUGGAGCCACACCAGGGACCUGUACAUCUUCCUCAGCUCAACAGAGCAUCUUGUCUCAACUCUCCUCCAGCUCACAACACUCUCAAACACUCUCCGUGGCAAACCUUGAGACAGACUCAACAGACCAGAGAUACCAGUUAGGAGGGAGGGAGGUUUGGGGGUGGUUGGGCUAGUUAUGAUGUAAUGAAAUGCCUGUAUUCAAUGUAAAUAUGAACAGCUAGUCUGCUUAACUUUUGGUUUAUGUUUUGGUGGUUUGUUUGCUUCUGAUGGCAUUUUGACUGAUUUUCUCCAUGAUGAUGAUGAUGAUGGUAAAGAACAUGGUCAAUGAAGAUGAUAAUUUCAAAAGUGCACCAUGAGACCAUGAUAUCUUGUCACUUCUAAUCCUGAAUAUACAGGACAUGUCUAUCAAAGCUAAUAUUUUUUAUUAUUAUUUUGGGGGCAAUUUAAUGAACACCAUUAAUUAUUUAUUUCAUUUUUGCGGUUUUGCGGUUUUGCUCAUGUAUAAUAAUAAAUAAGAGCCCCAGUCCUGAGUGUAUCGCCUCAGUGUAUAAAUAAUUUUGGGGGCAAAGUCGUCUGUUUUACAGGGACUUGAGGCAAGCAUGACAAAAUACUCCGUAGAGAUUUCUUUUGCACCUCAUGAAUUUAGUUUGAGAUGAUUUUGCUUUUAUUUUGUUCAUCCUUGUAAAAUAGUUUUGUCCUCCUCAAAGUAAUAGAUGUUAGGCUAAGGCCGUAACAAAGUUAUUUUACAAAUAAUGUAUGUUACAUUUUGUAAUUACAGCCAAAUGUGUGCGAAUUAUACUUUUGAACAUAUCUCUUCUCGCUUACCAGGUUUUAAGAAAAAUAAAUAAUGGGGGAUAAAAUUGGUCUUUCCAGGUAUUAUUUAGUGUAUACUGGAAGGACAUGGUGUUUAUUUAAGAAGAGAAAGAUGUUCAUCUCUGCUUUUAAUGGUCUUAUUUUAACUUGUAUACGGAGUUCCAUUUUAACAGCCAUUCCAAGGCAUCUAUCUCAUGGUCCUUGUUUCCUCCAUGCUGUGAAGCCAUGCACGGGGAAGUCUUAGUGGGUAAUGUCUCUUCCUCCCUCUGUGAACAGUGACAUGUCCCCAUCCACCUGCUCCUGAAACUCAUGUCCCACACUGUCUGUCGGUCUGUCUGUCUGUCUGUCUGCCUGUCUAUGCAGCACAGCACCACCAGUAGGAUCCUUCCUCAGCUCAUUUAUGGACCACUUCCUUUGGAGACGUUACCCACUAAGACUUCCUUUGGAUUACUUUACCUUUUUAUGUUUAAACUGACGUGGAUAUCUGAAGUCUUGCGUCUCCUGUUUCAGAGUAUGUUUUAUUUCACCUUAAAUGGAGAGAUCUUUGAGGAAUGGGGUGCAUUGUAUCUUCAGGGGGAACGUUGCAAAGACACUGGUGAAGCAGCCGGCUGUAAAGUUUGACCUUGUUUAAUCUAAAUGUAGUAUUUGUUCUUAUCUUACGAUAGUUUAAGUGCUAAUAAGGAUCUGUUUAAGAUUGAGCCCCCUCGUCGGUUUUACAGCUUAACAGUUUUAAAAGUGUCAGUAGCCUUCCUAGUUUAAUUCUUCGAUUUUUCCGUUAACAUUUUCUGUUUUGUUAAUUCCGUGAUUUGGCAUUUGAAACUCAAAAAGAACAAUAAACAUUUUACACUCUU